GUUAUUGUCCGCGCCGCGCGGUUUGCGGAGCUGCUGGAGAGGCGUGCGGGCUACACGGUCUCCGUGUACCCCCCCCCACUCGUGGGCGUGGGACGUUCUCUUGCGGCGUCAUGGCUCAGAGGGCCUUUCCGAAUCCUUAUGCGGAUUAUAACAAGUCGCUGGCCGAAAGCUACUUUGAUUCUACUGGGAGGCUGACUCCUGAGUUCUCACAUCGAUUGACCAGUAAGAUUCGGGAGCUCCUUCACCAAAUGGAGAGAGGCCUGAAGUCCGCAGACCCUCGGGACGGCACUGGCUACACCGGCUGGGCAGGCAUCGCUGUGCUUUAUCUACAUCUCCACAGUGUGUUUGGGGACCCGGCCUACCUACAGAUGGCACACAGCUAUGUAAAGCAAAGCCUAAACUGUCUAAGCAGGCGUUCCAUCACCUUCCUGUGUGGCGAUGCAGGCCCCCUGGCCGUGGCUGCUGUGCUGUACCACAAGAUGAACAGUGAGAAGCAGGCAGAGGAUUGUAUCACACGGCUCAUUCACCUAAAUAAGAUUGAUCCCCACGUACCAAAUGAAAUGCUCUAUGGCCGCAUAGGCUACAUCUUUGCUCUGCUUUUUGUCAAUAAGAACUUUGGAGAGGAGAAGAUCCCUCAGAGCCAUAUUCAACAGAUUUGUGAAACUAUCUUAACCUCUGGGGAAAACCUAUCUAGGAAGAGAAACUUUGCAGCAAAGUCCCCACUGAUGUAUGAGUGGUACCAGGAAUAUUACGUGGGGGCUGCUCAUGGCCUGGCGGGCAUUUAUUACUACCUGAUGCAGCCCAGCCUUCAGGUGAGCCAAGGAAAGUUACAUAGUUUGGUGAAGCCCAGCAUAGACUUUGUCUGCCGGCUGAAGUUCCCUUCCGGCAAUUACCCUCCAUGUUUGGAUGACACCAGAGACCUGCUUGUCCACUGGUGCCACGGUGCCCCUGGGGUCAUCUAUAUGCUCAUCCAGGCAUACAAGGUGUUCAAAGAGGAGCAUUACCUGUGUGACGCCCAACAGUGUGCUGACGUGAUCUGGAAGUACGGGCUACUGAAGAAGGGCUACGGGCUGUGCCAUGGUGCUGCAGGGAAUGCCUACGCUUUCCUGGCACUCUACAACGCCACACAAGAUGUGAAGUACCUGUACAGGGCCUGUAAGUUUGCUGAGUGGUGCUUAGACUAUGGAGAACACGGAUGCAGGACUCCGGACACCCCGUUCUCCCUCUUUGAAGGGAUGGCUGGAACGAUAUAUUUCUUGUCUGACCUGUUAGUCCCCACAAAGGCCAAGUUCCCUGCAUUUGAACUCUGAAAAGAAAGCAUGUCUCCUGCCGCUUACAGCAUGAUUCUGUAUAUUCCUCUGGGCCAUGUGUUUCCAUUGCUUUUUAAGGAAGCAGAAUGAAACUGUACUUUGAAGUAGUUGGGUUUUUAUUUCUAUAAUUGUCUUUAGCAGUUCAUCGCCUUCCUUUUAUUAUUUAUUUUUAUUUAAAAGUGUACAUGAAAAGGGAAGGGUGGAUAACAGUACAGUAUUUUGUGGUCAUGUACAUGGUUUCUAGCCUUGGAGGAAAUGUUCUUCUUACAGCUUAUCAAUGUAAACCAUGCCUGGUAGCAUGUUAUCUCAUCUUCUUCGGAGAGAGGCAAGAGGAUCACAAGUUCAAGACCAACCUAGGCAACUUAGUGGGCCCCUGUUUAAAAAUAAAAAGGAGAGAGAGAUGUGGCAUAUGGCUGAGUACCAGAACGCUUUCCUAGCAUGCAGAAGAGACCUGGGUUCUGCCCCAACACAGACACAGUGCACACACAAACUCAGUGCAGGUGGACAGAUGACAUAGAUGCUGUUGUUGAAGAGUGCUUCCUCUCUUCUGUUGAGUAGUCCUCCUCCCCAGAGAGUAGUUCUGUGACUGGGUUGUCUCAAGUGGUUGAUCAAGGGGGGACAAAAAAAAGUAGCCCAUACUUCCGGAAGAAAAACUGCAAGAAUUACAGACUAGACUUUGGACCUAAAUGUCUUUUUGUAAAUUGCUAGUCUCUGUCAGAACUAGAAACACCACUUAAUGAGCUACACAGGCACUGUCUACCAGCAACAUUAUCAAAACUUAAAAUGAUUGUGAUGCACACUCUGAUCUGAAAGUCUAUUCACCAAUAACAGUUUCUUGGUUUGUGUUAUAUUUCAGAAAUGUUUAUUUUAAAAGUGUUUGUCCUUCAGUAUUCAUAUAAUAUCUAGAAGUAGAUUUUCUGUGUGAAUUUGCUGAGACAAGAUUCCAGCCUGACCUAAUGGCUAACCUUCAGACAUUUGGCUCAGAUUUGACUUGCUUUUCGCUGACUAUGCCUGAGUGAGUGCCACAUGUCAUCACUUUCUGUCAAUUGAUUUGAACAUUGAUUUCUUCACAAAAUAGUACAGAAUCUAGUUCUGCUUACAAGGAGUGUAGAAAGGGAGGUGCUCUAACCAGUAGCCUCUAAGAAAACACAGUUUUUAACAAGUCCUCUUACUCCUAGCUGGCAUGGCAUGUUACUGCCUUCAUGCUUGUAACAAAUGACCGUUUGCAUAUCCCAAGAGCAAUACUCUUCAGAUUCUGAGACCACAGAGUCAGGUUUAUUUGUACAUGAAGACUCCCUGGUGUUUCAAACUCUGAACAAAUGCCUGUCGGCUCUUUAGCUCCUCCCUUCUUUCCUCUAUAUCAAAGGCCUAUCCAGACUCUUUGUAACUGACUUGGUAACAUUUUCCAGCUUUAAAACAACAGGGUCUAAGAAUAUUUAAUGUGCUUAUUUUGUGGCUUUCUUGGCCAUGCUGUUUUUAUUGGAGAUCAAAUCCCCAUGGAGUGUAUCCUGGUUGCUGUGAGAAAUAACCCCUUGUUAUUUUCUAUUUGGUACCAAAGUAGUUAAUAUUAUGUGAAAUUUCCUGGCCCUCUAAAGGGUGCCUACAGUAGGAUCCAAAGAGCAGCCCAGCACUCAAUGUCUAGGAUUGAAUUGGUCCCUCUGUGGACCCUGUACAUCAGGGACUUGUACGUCUUCAUCCACAGUUGUGUGUAGACUGUGCCUGGUGAAGGCCAUGUAUCGAUGGUGUCAGUAUUUAUAAGUCACUCAUAGACAGCAGUGUGCAGCUGUUUGGCUGGGUGUCCAGCUUUAGAAAAGAAAGCCCACCUUGUUUAGUUACAUGGCUUAUUAUAUUCUUCCUGUACUUUACUAUACAUACUUAUUAAAAAAAAAAAAAAGAAGCAUUUUGAUCAGCCAAAAGCCUUGGUCACAGCGCUUCCCCUGGCAUCCUGAUUAUGCUGCCUCCUACAUAUCGUCACCCGUGAACAGACUCAUCGAUACCACUCAGCUUGUUCUCUUCACUGGAGCUUUUUUGAAACUCAUUACACUGACACUGCUUGUACCACAGCUGACUUAUGCUUAAGGGCUAGGAGAGUUUUCUGAGGAUUUUAAACCCAGGUAGAAUACAAGGCUGACACCUGCGCCUCUCCUCGUUCAGAGACUACAAGAACCGUUUCCACUCCAUUGUUGUGCGGACGAUGUGGAGUUGUUGCUUUUGUUCUUUUACAUUUUUCCCUCGGAGGUUUUUCUUCAUGGUUUCAAAACCUUCCAGUGGCUGCUUGGGAAAGCUCAGUGGCAUUGUUCAUCUCCACCCAGAGACUGGGUGGUAAGGUGUUCAGAGCCUGCCAGCAGUCCAUUUAUCCCCUUGUGCUUUUCUAUUCUAAACUUUAAUCAUGUGAAGUGCCAGCAUUGCUGUGGCGUCUCCAACGAUCCCACAGGCCUUCAUUUCAUCCCAACUGUUGGUUUUUCAUCCUUAGAGUCAUCUGGUGCCCUUAUCGUCAUUCCUGUCCCGCCCAUAUCGAGGCAGAAGCUCCCAUGAGGUAGACUUAGAGGAGGAUCUAUGAGUAUUUUUUCUCCUUCCCCGUGUCUCUCAGUAACAGAAUUGCAGAACUCCGCUCCUGUGUUCUCAGGUCAAUUUGUAUCUAGAUUUACAGAGCCUAAUUUUGAAAUAAAUUGUGUAAGUGGGAACUUUUAUUUCUAUCCUCCUUAGGCUCCAAGAACUCAGGUCUAGUCCCUGCUUGCUUGGCCUUAAUUCCAGUUCCUUUUUUGCUUCCCUGAAAUACAGCAAAGCAAGUUUCUGAGGACUCCAUAUUGCUAGGCUAUAGGAAAACUGUUUACAUCUGGUGAACAGGAGUCAAUGUGGGGGACAUUGAAGAAUCACCCCAAGGUUCAUUCACUAAACUGGGAAAGUCUGGUUUCAUAGCUCUACGUUAUGAGAAGGAUUGAACUCAUUAGUCUUCAAUAAAAUGUUAUUAGGCCACUG